UCACGUUUGUGAAAGCGCUCUUCAUUCCCUGAAUCCUUGAGUGCUUGAGUAUUCUGGUGUGUUCUUUUCGAAAGGGUAGUAGUGAAAAGACUUGAAAUUAUGUCUUCGGUACUUGUGCCUGAAAUUCCUGCACCUGGAUUUUCUUUUGACCUUUGUCAAAGAAAUAACUUUAUGGUAAAGAAAGGGUUCCAACCACCUAAAGCUGUUAAAACAGGAACAACUAUUGCUGGAGUUAUUUUCAAGGAUGGAGUGGUUCUUGGGGGUGACACAAGAUCAACAGAAGAUACCAUAGUUGCUGAUAAAAACUGCAGCAAAAUUCAUUUUCUUGCAAAAAAUAUAUAUUGCUGUGGUGCAGGAACUGCUGCUGAUACUGAAAUGACAACUCAGACAAUAUCCAGCCAAUUAGAGUUGCAUCGUUUAAAUACUGGUCGUACAGUACCUGUUUGCACUGCUAAUGCAAUGAUCAAACAGUUAUUGUUCCGUUAUCAAGGCCACAUUGGAGCUGCUUUGAUAUUGGGAGGUUGUGAUUUAGAUGGUCCACAUUUAUAUUGUAUUUAUCCUCAUGGAUCGACAGACAAGCAUAUGUAUACUACUAUGGGAUCAGGAUCAUUAGCUGCCAUGGCUGUAUUUGAAAGUAGAUGGAAACCUGAUAUGACGGAGGAGGAAGCUAAAGAACUCGUAGCAGAUGCUAUUCGUGGGGGUGUGUUUAAUGAUUUGUGUUCCGGUUCUAAUGUAGAUCUAUGCGUCAUACGUAAGGGUUCCGUAGAUUAUUUACGACCUUACGACGUUGCUAAUGUAAAAGGACAGCGUCAAAUAUCUUAUCGAUACAAGCGUGGCACUACAGCUAUACUUAACAAAACAGUUCGUCCUGUAAUCGUAGAGGAGGAAAGUAUUCGUAGAAUUGCAGAAGAACCAAUGGAUACUUCAUCUUGAAAUGCGCAUAAAUUCGUUCUAAAUUUAAGUUCAAAUGAUAUGUGAAGUUUUAAUAAAUAAAGUCUUAACUAUGAUAUUUGAA